AUGAACCCGCCAAAUGGCUUUUAUCAUCAGUGGCAAUCCGCACCACCGCCCAACGGUAAACGCUUUGUGCCUGUCUCAGGUACCUUCAGUGGUGCGCCAGCACCGAGUCUAGCCAGGCCACAGGCGCAAGUCCAGCGGCCGCAAUUUCCAGUUCAAUAUCCUCCGGGACAGUUUGCGCCUCAGCAGCAAGCGUAUCAGCAGCCACCUCAAGCUGCCUUCACCCCACUCAUUCCUCUGAGUGCCGUUGAGGAUUUGCAGCUGCCACAAAUUCCAUUCACUAAUGGUGCCGUACCGGAGAAUUUCAGUGGAGCUCCUUUCGUCACCAGUGGUCCUGUAGUCCAUGAAGGUUAUAUCCCAGCUCCGGGUCGAAAUGAUGAGGACGCUUAUCCAGCGUUGCCUGGCGACUACGGCGGAACUUAUCUUGAUCGUGACUUCGACGACAGCUCUGAUGACGGGGAUCACGACGAGCUCACUUUUGAAGAGUCGAUGCGUGAGCUUGAGGAGAGAGACAACUCCGAGGUGGACAAAGACUACUCUGAAGAAGAUGCAGAACAUGAUCAGGGCGAUCCUGACGAAAUGGAGUUGGAGGUAGAGUUCGACGAUGUAUCAUUGGUGGUCGAGGACGAUCUCGAGGCCGAGGACGAGGUGGACAUUCAGGAUCAACUUCCACACGAGGCAGGGGAAAAUCCAGUCGCGGACGAGGCCGAGGCCGAGGCCGAGGAGCUAGAGGUGGGCGCCAGGGACCUCGCAAGGUUGCCGAUCCAGGCCAAUGAGAGGUUCGCUGCGCAGGACUUUCCCCUGGCCCUCGAGUACGCCCAGAGAGCUAUACAGAUGAAUCCGGAGAUCUUCGAAGUCCACAACAUUGCAUCCGAGAUCUAUAGGAUGAUGGGCGAAGAGGUCAAGUCGAUUGACUCGCUCAUUAUUGGAGCGCCAACGAAGCGUGACCCCGAUCUUUGGCACGUCAUCAUUGGUCGAGUCAACAAACUAGAUGAAGCGACCUAUCCGGAGUACACAGAAGAGGCCAAGACAGCUCUGACUCUGAGAUGUUUGACGCAGGUCAUUCUUCUGGACCAGAAUGACUACGGAGCCCGAAGCCAAAUUCUCGAGAUCGAAGCUAGCCUUGGACACGCCUCCAAAUGUAUCAAACAGGGUCUCAAGAUGAUCAAACUGCGCAAGGAGAAGGACGAGCCACCAGAUACGGAGGUUCUGAAGAUUAUGGCGAUGAUGGGAACGUCAACAAAACGCCAGACGAGACUGCACAUGAAGAAACUCUUGAAUGUGUUUGAGGAUGCUAUCGAUUACUUUAUCGAGAGGAAAUCCAACAGCAGCGAGUUUGACUGGGAGAUGAUCAAUAUAUACCUGGACCUGCUUGAUAGAGACAGGCAGUAUGAGUAUGCAUUGUCACGACUCAAGGCUCUGGCGCGGUGGAAACAGGGCAGAGCCAAGGAGACGUUCUGGGAUGAUCAACCGGACGACUGCGAAUUCGACAUCGAUGACGAGCCGAGGCGCGUAGCUGUCCCUCAGUUUAAGUGCAAAACACAGAGCGCCACGAAUGGGCAGACUCUGCCACUGGAGAUUAGGGUGAAGAUGGGCAUGUUCCGCCUGCGGAGGAGCGCUGAAGAUUUUCAGGAAGCCAUGCGCCACUUCGAAAUGCUCGAGCCUGAUGAUCACGGCGCCGACGCGCUCGUAUGGGAUUACGAGGAUCUUUUCCGCGUCAUUGGCGAUGCACUACACGCCACUGGUCACGACAAGGAUGCCAUGCGCUUUUACGAGCCUCUGUACAACGUCAACUCCGAGGAACUUAGUUUACUGAGCAACCUCGGCAUCUUUACCUGCUUCAAAAAUCUUGGUCAACCUGAACGAGCAGAAGAAAUGAUACCGAUGUUCAAGGACUGGAACGCGGAGUCAGUAGAUGACCUCGUCAAGCUUGCAGUAUUCUUCGAGCGACAAGGUAUGCUAGCAGAAGCUGUUCAACGAGCCGAAAUACUCUACAGGAACAAAUACGCCCACAGACUGCGGGCACUGGGCUUCAAAGCCUACGAUGACAUGAGGGAUGAGUACCUUGCCGCGAAAAGGAAAGCUCGCGGCAAUCACCGUGCGCGGAAAAGUACUGCCAGGAGACAGCGAAAGCUCUCUAAGAAAGCUACUGGCAGAGGAGAAGCAGAUGAGGACUCCGCAAAUGAAGGCGCCGACAAAGAGCUUCCUUCUCUUGGACCACUCGCGGAGCGACCCAAUCAAGGCUUGUUCCGCACAAAAAGAGCGAAGCCUACCAAAGCCAAAGCCCAGACAUUCCUGCCCUUCCCGUCCGAGGGUGGAGGUGAGCGUGCGUCUGUGGCGAAGCCGACCACGAUUGAGGGUACAAGUGUGCCUCUCAAGGCUAUUGAUCAGAGGUUGUUCAGACAAAGGCUCGACGCACUGGCUAAAACCCACGCCGAAGAAUUACAAACUGCCCGAAAACAGCACCGAGAGACAGUGGCGAGCUUCAAGAAACUUGACGAAAUCUCAGACGCUGCGGAGAAUGGAGAUGAAGCUGCCAUCACUGAGCUGCUGUCGAUUACACGAGAGCUCAUAGAAGAGUUCUCAACAUUCGACAUAUUCUACGCCAGCAGGAAGGAGGACUUUAUCUCGUACUUCAGGCGAACAGGUGACCAUGAGCUAUGGAAGGAAUCUGCACUCAUGGUUCUCGCCGUUGCAGCGAACAAUGUUGAGGAUGGUGCUACAGACCCAGAACUUAUCGAGAGGCCAGAAACCCCCCCAACAGACUUCUGGGGUGUGCAUUUUGACAAGUGGAUCGAAGCCUUCGGUCGCUAUGCCAUCAUACUCGCACGUGAAGGCGACGACGAGCGUUGCUUCAGUACCUUAGACAUUGCUCUACAGUCAAACCUAGUUUGGCGUUCGGAGGAGUAUCGGCACCAACUCCAAAUCUGUCGCUUGGUGUGCGCGCUCGCCGUGGACAACUCAAAUCAAGCGUCGUCCGCAGUGCGCUGGCUACUCAAAGAGCAUCCGUUCGGCACCGAUCUAUUGCGCCUCUACAGCUGUGUCAAUCGUCUCUGCACAAUCCCCGAAGGCUACUCGACCGGCCCGUCCCACAAGAUCCUCAUGCGCUACAUCAAAACCAUGGACUUCGCGCUCCUCACCGAAGAACAACGCAUAUGGUACAACUUUCGCGACCGCAAGGACAACGCAGGCGGCUUCCAGAACUCCGUCAACAGAGAAGACGUCAAGUUCGUUGUAGACCACGACCCAGCGCUCUUCGCGCUCUACGCUCAUGUCCUCCAGUGCGGUGGCUCCUACAUGGCUGCACUAAAUUACUACUUCCGCGCCUUCGCCAUCACGCCUGAUGACCCGAUUCUCAACCUCAGCAUUGGCAUCGCGUACAUCCAACACGCGAUGAAACGUCUCUCGGAAAAUCGCCAGUACCAGAUCCAACAAGGUCUCGCGUUCGUCAAUCGCUACUACGAGCUCCGCACAAAGGACAACAUCGCCAUUCACUGCCAGGAAGCGGAGUUCAAUUUUGCACGUAUAUGGCAUGGGCUAGGUCUUGUAACCCAUGCCUUGCCUGCGUAUGAGCGCUGCAUCGCGAUGAGCGAGCGCGUCAAACAGGAAGCUGCGGAUCAAUGCUCGGACGGGAACUGGGGCCAUGAAGACUUCAAGUUCGAAGCGGCGUUUGCGAUUCAGAGUAUCUACGCUAUCAGUGGGAACGCGGAGGCUGCGAGACAUGUCACGGAAAAUGUGUUAGUCAUUGAGUAG